AUGGAUACUUUGUCCACACACCUUUUGGGGGAUUUGAGAAGCAGAGAGGAAGAAGAUAAAGAGGAAGAAAAGGAUGAGUCAGAGAAGCAAGCAAGACCAGCCUGGGCUCCGUAUUUCUACUUCAGAGGAAAUAAGGACGUUUACAACUUCGCUGGGCAGGAGAUUUUCAUCGAAGGUGUUCUUGACUGCUUUGCAGGCACGGUAUGGCCGGGGGCUCUGGCUCUCUGUCACUACCUGGAGACUCAUCGUGAACAGUUGAGUCUUAUGGACAAGGCGGUCCUGGAGAUCGGAGCAGGAACUGGCCUAUUGUCUGUUGUAGCAGCGCUCCUGGGUGCCUGGGUGACAGCCACAGACAUUCCAGAGGUUGUGAACAAACUGAGACACAACCUGUCCAGGAACACCAGGGAUCGCUGCAAAUACAGUCCCCAGGCAUCAGCUCUGUCCUGGGGCCAGGACCUGGAGAGCACCUACCCUUCAUCUGUCUACCGGUAUGACUACGUGCUGGCAGCUGACGUGGUGUACUUUCACGACUUCCUGGACGAGCUCCUGGCCACCAUGAAGUAUUUCUGCAAACCAGGAACGACUGUGAUCUGGGCCAACAAGGUGAGGUUUGAGACCGAUCUGACUUUCACUGAGAACUUUAAAAAGGCUUUUCACACAAGUCUGCUUGUUGAAGACGGAGAGAUGAAGAUCUUCAUGGCAACGUGCAAAGAGGAGGAGGGAGAAGGUGAUCUGAAAAUCCAAGAUUUGCUGAGUGAGAAGGAGAAAGGAAAGAUGGAAGAGGGGGAGAGAAAUGAAAAGCUCAUGGUGGAAAAACACAAUGACGUUGAGAUUAACUAUGUCAAUAAAGAAAAAAGUAAAGGAAAAGAAAACAAUGUAGCAGAAGAACCCCAUGUGGUAGAGCAUGAAAGAGGAGAUGAUGAGGAAGAAAAAAACAAGAAUAAGUCUGAUUUGGAGGAAAAGACGGAGGAGAUAAUGGUCCUUAAAGACAACGACGACUAUGAAGAGGAUGAGGAGACAGACAGUGAGGAAGACGUUACAGCUGAGCAGCAGAACAGACCUCCAGUCUGCGUUCUCGGGUUCAACAGCCGCUUGGGUAAAGAUGUGUACCAUUACGCAGGACAGGACAUUGUUAUUCACGAGUCCAUAGACUCCUUUGGAGCAGUGAUGUGGCCAGCAGCGCUGGCUCUGUGCUCCUUCCUGGAGCACAACGGGAAGAGGGUGAACCUGCGAGGAAAGGAGGUGCUGGAGCUGGGAUCAGGAACUGGACUGGUAACCAUUGUGGCCAGUCUACUGGGAGCUUCAGUCACAGCUACAGACUUAUCUGAUGUGUUGGGUAACCUUCGGGCCAAUGUGAUGAGAAACACCAGGGAGCACUGCAGCUACACUCCCCAGGUGAAAGCUCUGUCCUGGGGCUAUGACCUGGAGAGCACCUACCCUUCAUCUGUCUACCGGUAUGAUUACGUGCUGGCAGCUGACGUGGUCUACCACCACGACUUCCUGGACGAGCUCCUGGCCACCAUGAAGCAUUUCUGCAAACCAGGAACGACUGUGAUCUGGGCCAACAAGGUGAGGUUUGAGACCGAUCUGACUUUCACUGAGAACUUUAAAAAGGCUUUUCACACAAGUCUGCUGGCUGAAGACGGAGAGAUGAAGAUCUUCAUGGCAACGUGUAGAGAGUGA